CCUCCACCUCCUCCUCACUGCACACACACAUCCACCCCGAUUAGCAUCUUGUGUCUAUUAUCUUCGAUUUAAAGCAGCAUCUGCAGUUCUUCCCGACACACUCCGAUUAGCUGCCGGUUCAGUGAAACUCAGUGAACAGACUGCGAGUCAAGCAGAUUGCUGAGAGUGAACAAUACUCACACCCAGCCGUUUGAAAGGAGAUGGGACAAAAUGUGUGGAAAUCCACACUCAAAACUAUAAAAGCCUAAGGGAUGGCUGACAGAAGCGUUGAGAUUCAAAUCAUGAACAACAGUGAGAAUCAAUUCUUAACCACACCUGCGGUUUACAUUUACAGUGGUUAUAUCGCCAACUUACCGACUCCCGUGAUUAACCCUGGGAAAAAAGGGAAUGCUGUCUUUACCAAGACUGCCAGUACAGCUCGAGGCAGUGUCGGGGUACUUACCUACUCAUUUGGUCGUACCCAGAUCUCAAUGCUUUUCUCCAAUCCGUAUGAUUACAACUUGUACUCAAUGGUUUUUGCAUUAUACAUCCCUCCUUUACCUGAACUAACAGAUGAAAAUUUAUACUACAGGAUGUAUUCUGAGCUGUCACCAUCUGAAUCCUUUGCUAAAGCUGAACUGAGCUCUGGCACUCAAAAGCUUUCAGUUAACGGAGGUAAUCUAGUAAUUUCAGCUACUGUUAAAAAAAUGGAUAAUUCCCUCAUUCAUGUAGUUAUCACAGAUGUUUUUAAGGCUAGUAAACUCUGAGUUAGAUUCUACAGUGAUUGAUAUUGUCUUCUGAGAGAUGUUUUAAUUAUGAAUAUGUUAUGUUUUAGAUAGUUUUGAGCUAAAGUUUCACUUUGGUUAUUAGAAAUUUUAUUCAUAUUGAAAUACUUAACUGGAUAGGUAACGUGUUUGGAGGUAUCACUUUAAGAAUUGUACCAAGUGAUCGACUGCCCAUCGUGCAUAUGUUGUAAUAAUGUUUAUGAUAGAUAUUUUCACAAUUAUUCAGCCUUCCUGACGGAAAGGAUUAUCUGUCUUUUUGGGAGCAUCCACACAAUAGAUAAAUGAUACAGUGCACUAUAUAAAAUAAUCUGUCAAUAAAGUAUCUUUGUUCAAAUACCAAA